AGAUACAGACAGGGAAAGAGAGAACUAAGAGGUAGAGGUAGUGAGAGAGAGGCUUAUUUCAAUUUCAGUUUUGGCUGGUCAGCCUGCAGCCAGAGAGAAGAGUCAGUGAGGCGUUCGAGCUUGGCUCAGCUGGUGGAUGUUACUUGACUCGACAUGGAGCUGCUGCCCUCUCUGCUGUCCAGCCUGAAGGCAGUCGAUUCCAGGACUGUGGAUCAGGAGUACAGCGUGGUGCGUUCACGGUCUUUGGGGUUUAAGAAAGAACUGGGAUUGACCACUGAGGCUGGCGCGCUGAAGGAAAACAUCAAGAAGAACAGAUACAAAGACAUCCUGCCCUAUGACCAGUCUCGGGUGGAGCUCUCUCUGCUGGCCACAGACUCUGAUUACAUCAAUGCCAGCUUCAUCAGGGGGGCGGCAGGAGACUGCAAGUACAUCGCCUCUCAGGGGCCCCUCAGCUCCACUGUGACUGAUUUCUGGAGGAUGAUCUGGCAGUACGACGUCAAGGUGAUAGUCAUGGCCUCAAGAGAGAUAGAGAUGGGAAAGAAAAAGUGUGAGUGUUACUGGGCUGCAGCUCAUCAGUCUGUCUCAUUUGGACCCUUUACUGUCAGCAGUCAGGGGGAGACACAUCCCAAUGAAGACAUGGUGGUGAGAACUCUGACCGUCACGUUCCAGCAGGCCAGCCGGUCAGUGAUUCAGUAUCAGUUCCUUUCCUGGCCGGAUCACGACGUUCCUUACGAGACUGCUGGAGUCCUGGACCUGCUGGAGAGAGCCAGGAGCAGCCGUGGAGCCAGCAUCUCACCUUUGCUGAUACAUUGCAGCGCAGGUUGUGGGAGGACAGGAGUCAUCUGUGCUCUCGACUACAUCCGUGACCUGCUGGUUACCAAGCAGAUCAUGUCGGACUUCAGCAUCCUGAACAUCGUCCUGGAGCUCAGGAGGCAGAGACCCUCAGCGGUGCAAACUAAAGAUCAGUUUCAGUUCGUCUACACAGCUACCAUCGCUAUGAUUGAGCGCUUCCUGCAGGCACCUGAUCAGCAGCUCUACAGCAACCUGUCCCAGAGAAAGAAACUAGAGAAGAAAACCACAGCAGCUGCUUCCUCCAGCAACAGAUUAUCACAGCAGGUUGUCAUGAACGAUACGUACGCUGUGGUCAACAAGCCCAAACACACCCAGCCACCCUCAUCGGGUUCCACCUGCUCACCUGUACCCACGCCCAGAUCUAAUAGUGGAAGAAGGACGCUCCCCAACUCCCAUCAUUAUGACAACGACCUCAAAGGAGUGGCGACUGCUCCCAUCUACAGCACCGUCAAACCCCGAGCUAAACAGUCGAGCCUGCCACACUCACAGACAUCACUCUAUGACGUGGCAUCACCGACAGGUCAAAGGCCCAAGGAGGAGUCAGACUAUCAGCUGGUUGAAGUUCAGCCACAUUCAUUGGACAACGAUGAUGAUGAUUAUGAAGAUUUUUCCUCUUCAGUCUCAAAUGUGACCAGCUUCUGUGCACCUGGCGGCAUCGGGUUUAACUGUCGGGUUCAGAAGCCCAAAGGACCCAGAGAUCCUCCAGUUGAGUGGAGUCGAUUGGAGCGAUGAACUGGUUAAACUUUACUGGGUUAGCAGUCAGGUUGAACUGGACUAAAUUAGACUUGAAAUUGUGAGACUGUUUGUGUGAUUUGUUACACUGGUGUCACUAUGAUCAUCUGACCGUGUUCAGAAAGCUGCCUGUAAAUAUUUAUGGAAAUCAUGCUACAUGUGUCUGGAUUUUAUGUUUCUAAAGGUUCAACUUACCUGAUACUGAGAAUACUUUUACAUGUUAAUAUUUCAUGCUGGUUUCAGUGCUUGUUUACAACUUCCUGACAUGAGUUUUAUCUUAUUUUAGAUGUUGUGUAUCAUUUGAAGGCAACACAAUAUCACCAACACAAUGGUUUGAUUUUAUAACACAAGAAUUAUAAAAAUAAAAAUGACAUUCACCA